CAAAUGACAUUAUAAAUUUGUCAAAAUUGAAAUAGUUGUCAGAUAACAUUUUAUAAAUAUAUAUGACUGAGAAACCUGAUCAAACCAAUGACUCAAAUAGAAACCCGAAGCCCAAAGGGGCAAAGAUUCAAACAUUGCGGAUCCUGAUCAUAGAGCCCAGUAAUCGUUACUGCAGAAAUGUCUGGUGUGCUAUAUUCAAUGGUUUAUCUCACGUUUUAAUAGGGGCCGUUGUUAUGACGGCACUGUUCUAUUCAUUGGUUAAGAAUGAUCUUCAUGCCUCAUUGUGUGCUUUUGGUUUUCACUUUUUCGCAGCUGAAGCAAUUUUAAGUUUAAAUUAUGCGAACGGUUGGUCCACGCCUUUGCGGCUACGGCAUAGAAGAUUUGCUCAUGUAUUCUUGCAGAUAUGUGGUUUAACUUGUGUCUUUAUUGGAACAGUAGUAAUUGUAACAUCUAAGGGUGUAUCAGGGCGUGUGCACGGUGUUGCCAGCCUCGCAGCCACAUUACUGGCUUGUUUUACGUUCUUAGUAGGUCCUUGGGCUUUGUUGAAAGGGCGUUAUUUGAAACUACUCCAUACUACAUUUGGAAUUCCUACAUUCAUUAUGUCCUCAAUAAGUCUCUGUAGUGGUUUAUAUGAAUCUGACUUCAUGAAUUGGUCCGGUUCCGCCGUGGUGUUUAUUUUGACGGGAUUUAUAAUUUUCUAUACAAGUUUUAUUGUUGCAUCCAGUUUUAUAAAAUGUAUGAUGAGAAUAUAAAAAUAAAACAUAUAUGUUU